GCUUAAACUUACAGACCUCCCGAUUGGGCAGCAGUAGAAAUCUCGUGCGCAUGCUCUUUCAUCGGUGCAGGAUUAGCCAGCUAAAUUUAGACUUUCUGAUUGGCUGACGCUGGGGACGUUGGGGUAAAUUUGAAUUCAGGCGAGUUGACAGUUUGCUAGGGCGUUUCGUCGCUGUUGCAUCUGGACCCAGGCGCUAGAAUGUCCUUCCCUAAGGCGCCCCUGAAAAGAUUCAAUGACCCUUCGGGUUGUGCUCCAUCUCCAGGUGCUUACGAUGUUAAAACUUCAGAAUCAACUAAAGGACCAGUGUCUUUUCAGAAAUCACAAAGAUUUAAAAACCAAAGAGAGUCUCAACAAAAUCUUAACAUUGACAAAGAUACGACCUUGCUUGCUUCUGCUAAAAAAGCAAAGACGUUGGUGUCAAAGGAGUCUCAGAAGAAUGAUAAAGAUGUGAAGAGAUUAGAAAAAGAGAUUCGUGUUCUUUUGCAAGAGCGAGGGACUCAGGACAAACGGAUCCAGGACAUGGAGUCUGAGUUGGAGAAGACAGAAGCGAAGCUAAAUGCAGCAGUCAGAGAGAAAACAUCUCUGUCUGCCAGUAAUGCUUCACUGGAAAAGCGGCUUACUGAGCUGACCAGAGCCAACGAGCUCCUAAAGUCUAAGUUUUCUGAAGAUGCUCACCAAAAGAAUAUGAGAACUCUAAGCCUGGAAUUGAUGAAACUGAGAAAUAAGAGAGAGACAAAGAUGAGGAGCAUGAUGGCUAAACAGGAAGGCAUGGAGCUGAAGCUGCAGGCCACUCAGAAGGACCUCAUUGAGUCUAAGGGGAAAAUAGUACAGCUGGAGGGAAAACUUGUUUCAAUAGAGAAAGAAAAGAUCGAUGAAAAAUCUGAAACAGAAAAACUCUUAGAAUACAUAGAAGAAAUUAGCUGUGCAUCUGAUCAAGUGGAAAAAUACAAACUAGAUAUUGCCCAGUUAGAAGAAGAUUUGAAAGAGAAGGAUCGUGAGAUUUUAUGCCUUAAGCAAUCUCUUGAGGAAAAGGUUUCCUUUUCUAAGCAAAUAGAAGACCUGACUGUUAAAUGUCAGCUGCUUGAAGCAGAAAGAGAUGAUCUCCUCAGCAAGGACAGAGAAAGGGCUGAAAGCCUCAGUGCUGAGAUGCAGGUUCUAACAGAGAAGCUGCUUCUAGAAAGGCAAGAAUAUGAAAAGCUGCAACAAAAUGAAUUGCAAAGCCAGUCACUUCUGCAGCAAGAAAAGGAACUGUCUGCUCAUCUUCAGCAGCAGCUCUGCUCAUUUCAAGAGGAAAUGACCUCCGAGAGGAAUGUCUUUAAAGAACAGUUGAAGCUUGCCCUGGAUGAGCUGGAUGCCGUCCAGCAGAAGGAGGAGCAGAGUGAAAAGCUGGUUAAACAGCUAGAAGAGGAAACGAAGUCAACUGCGGAACAGCUGAGGCGGCUGGAUGAUCUGCUGAGAGAGAAAGAAAUUGAACUGGAGAAAAGAACCGCUGCACAUGCCCAGGCCACUGUGAUUGCGCAAGAGAAGUACAGUGACACAGCGCAGACUCUGAGAGAUGUUACUGCUCAGUUAGAAAGCUAUAAGUCAUCAACACUUAAAGAAAUAGAAGAUCUUAAACUGGAGAAUUUGACUCUACAAGAAAAAGUAGCCAUGGCUGAGAAAAGGGUAGAAGAUGUUCAACAACAAAUAUUAACAGCUGAGAGCACAAAUCAGGAAUAUGCAAAGGUGGUUCAAGAUUUGCAGAACAGCUCAACAUUGAAAGAAGCAGAAAUUAAAGAAAUCACAUCUUCAUAUCUUGAGAAAAUAACUGAUUUGCAAAAUCAACUCAGACAACAAAAUGAAGACUUUAGGAAGCAGCUGGAAGAGGAAGGGGCAAAAAUGACAGAGAAAGAAACUGCAGUGACAGAAUUAACCAUGGAAAUUAAUAAAUGGCGUCUCCUAUAUGAAGAACUGUAUGACAAAACUAAACCUUUUCAGCAACAACUGGAUGCCUUCGAAGCAGAGAAGCAGGCACUGUUGAAUGAACAUGGUGCAACUCAGGAGCAGCUAAGUAAAAUCAGAGACUCCUACGCACAGCUGCUUGGCCACCAGAAUCUGAAGCAAAAAAUCAAACAUGUCGUGAAAUUGAAAGAUGAAAACAGCCAGCUCAAAUCGGAGGUGUCAAAACUCCGAUCUCAGCUUGCUAAAAGGAAACAAAAUGAGCUCAGACUUCAGGGAGAAUUAGAUAAAGCUCUGGGCAUCAGGCACUUUGACCCUUCUAAGGCUUUUUGCCAUGAAUCUAAGGAGAAUGUGACCCUCAAGACUCCAUUGAAAGAAGGCAACCCGAACUGCUGCUGAGUCAGACUGCAGGGACCGUGGAAGUGGACGUCCAAGAUACUUGCUGAAGAUUGUUCUCUUCAUUAUUCUUGAUAUUAUGUUUAUAGUAUAUAUUAUAUAAUGUAUUUAAUUUCUACUGCCUAUUCUUAGGUAUAUGAAACGGUAAUUCAACAUUUGUUAUCAAAAUGUAUUUUGACAUUUUAUUUUCUAUUAUGUGUCUCCUUAAUCAUCACCUGGAUCACCUCAUUCUGAACCAUUGCUUGGCUUUGUUGCAAAUUGACUUUUUUUAAAGAUCAGUAUUAAAAAUUUCCCCCUAUUCUGUAUUCCCUCUGUGUUUUUAGCUUGACUCUGUAGGUUCUUUUUAUUCCAGUAAAGAGUGGAAAGGCUAAAGCAUUCUGGCUUGACCAUGUCUUUGCCUUGAUUUACUGAUCAUGCUCACUCUACUCUCUGCUAUAUUUCACCUUCUCACCUCACCAGAAAUAAGGGCGCCCUUAACUCCACAGUAACCUUGGGUUUUCUUUCUUUUUUAAUCAAAGUCAUUGGAUUAUUUGUUUCCAGAUCCCUUAGCUCUAUGCCAGUUCUAAAUUAAGAUACAUAGUUUGGCCUAUAAACCCACAUUUUUUUAAAGAUUAGCCUUUUAAUUUUUAGACACACUGGAAAUCUGGAUUUUUUUCCCCCUUAGUCAGAGAUUAGUUUUCUUCGUGUAGCCCUGGCUGUCCUAGAACUCCCUCUUUUGACUAGACUGUCCUUGAACUCAGAUCUGCUUACUUAUGUCUUCCCAAUUACUAGGAUUAAAGGAAGCAUCACAUGCCCAGGCUCUCAAGCAAAUGUGAAAAACAUUACAUGUAAGAUUUAUAGAGAGUUCGUCAUCUGCAUAUCCUCUGAAUGUAUGUGUAAUAUAAAAUAAAGUCAUACAGAAACUCACUCACCCAA